AUGUCGAAUGACCAAGGCCACCACCAACAUCCAAGUACACCAUGUGUAGAUCUCACCAAAGGGUACAAACUCAAGAAUUGCAAAGAUUUGCAAUUAUGUCAAAACAACGUUGUACUCUGUAUCAAUGAGAAGAGUGUAACAAUCUACAAAGGUUUUUGCGUUAGCCGUGUAUUGGUGUUUAAUGAAGAUAUUUUAAAGGCAUGCAUGACUACGUUCUAUAUCAAAACCCAACCGGUUGAAAUUCUCGCUAUUUGCUUCAAAAAACACAUAAACUUCUACUAUUCGGAUGGAAAGCUUGAGACGUUAAAUGUUCCGUUUGAGAUUGUUAGAGUGGUUUGCUACGAGAAAGGCUUGGUGCUACAAACAAAGGCGGAAUUGUAUCUUGUAAACAAUGAGUUUGAAUUAAAGUUUGUCGAUAAGGAUACCAAUAGUGCGUUUUCAUCCAACGAGCAAAUAUGUUCCUUUAGUCAACGAGAUUCUGGAAUUGCUUUAUGUACCACUAUAACUGAAACUUCCAUUAACGUAUACCAUAUCAAAAACUCGUCACGAAGUGUGAGGUUCAAUUCAACAUCAUCAAUGCUGACAAAGCCUAGAAAGACCUCGAUGUCAACAUCAACAACGGCAUCAACAACGGCAUCGACAUCGACAUCGAGAAACCAUACUAAACCACCAAAGAAGAAACAUUUUGCAAUACCCGCGACACCCUCCAUCAGUAAAGGUAUGGAACACCACUUGAGUCAAUUUAUUAUUCUGGAGCAUCGCACUAGUACACUACUUUCCGAAGCAAGGAUAUCGAACCCAAACGAGCUUCCCAUUUCUCGACUACGCAAGGAUGUAAUAUUAUCCAAAAUAGAAUCUAUCAAUGGCCUUAGAUUAAACAGGAAUCACAAUUUCUUUAAAAUUUUCACCGUCCAUUUCGAGUAUCAAGAAGGGAUUGUGGUAGUUUCAAAGUUAAAGCAAGAGCUUUAUGUGUUCAAGUACGAUUCGUAUUCGAAGCACCACUCGGUGUAUAAAUGUGCAUGCCUCGAUUGCAUACCUUUGGAAUCCGAUUUUGCUGGAAAUUUGCUCGUUUUGACAGAAUCAGGAAAAACAUUUAUCGUCAAUCCUUUUUUGAAUAUGAGGUCAAGUUGCAAUAUGACAAAUUCAUCUAUUGAAGCACUUUUAAGUUCAAAUGAUGAAAGGGUGUCAUUCAAGACACAUAACAGAAAUGACAACGGCUCUGAGAGCUUCCACAUAGUCAAGUUGGUAAUGAAACCCGCCUCGCAACUAGUUUUUUCGUGCCUAAAUAGCUUUAAAUAUCUAUCUGGAUCCACUACAAAUCUAAUUAUUUGGAUGUUGUGGAGAUCUGCUUACGAUUCAGGAAGUGUCACAGAAUGGGACGCCAUGGUGAUUGCAUUGCUUGCCCUCAUCUUUCCAUUCGAUAAUGACUCUAGCGUACCUUUGAUGAAUGAAAAUCCAAUCACAAAGUUGAUCUCAAGAGCUCUCAAACUACGAGUCGAAAAUCACGUCAAUAAUAGCAUGGGCGAACUUGCUCCUUAUAUUGCCAUUUCCUUGCAUAUAUUGCGAGAAGAGUUUCGAUUAGAUACAACAAAGAGAGAAUAUAUGGCCUUAUUGGGUUCGUUAUUGUGCCAAUUAACAACAUGGAUGGGCUGGUCCGAGGUUUGGCCCAUAUACUAUCAUAAUGACGAUCGCAACAAGGAUGAGAAGAUGAAAAAGGAAGAGAAGGUGACUUCAAAAACAAAGAUGAAAAAAGACCAUCGUGACUAUGAGUACUGCAACUUAUUCAAUGUCGAUAAAACUACUCGAAUUUUACUGCCUCAGUUACUACAACAACCUCCAAAUCUUCUACAGUCGUUGGGCAGCCUAUUUACAGGUAAGAUUUUGCCAUACGUUACCUUCUCUCAGUUGGUUGAAGAAGGAGAAAGUGUUGACGCUGAGGUGACUCCAUUAACCCACAGCAUUUUGAAGCUAUACGAAGUGCUUGUCUCGCCCAAUUAUGGACCAUCCACCUUGGUUGAUAUGAUGAGUGAGAUGGGAAUCACAUCCUUGAGUACUUUUCCAAUUGGCGUUUCGUUCCCAUUAAAGGAGGUUUUACUGGUUGCUCAAGAAUCUCCAACAUACGAUUGGUCUUUAAGCUCAUUAAACUUAACAAGACGCGAUGACCUAACUCAAUUAAUCACCAACCCCACCGGUGCAAUCCAUCGAGAUGUAUUGAAGUACAAGGAGUUUGAAAAUUUGAGCAUCGACUCGCUCAUAAAUGCAGAUGCUGCAAAUGAACAAGUUACACUGUGGGAUGACCAGUCUGAGGCCAAAAGACUUGAAAUCACCAAGCUCAUGUUUGAUGAAGAUAGACGAUUCUAUGAAAUUACCACAUUAUUGCAUCAAACCAAAACUCAGACUGCAUAUUUGAAAAUCGACGAAGAUAUUGGUGAAUACGACCUCGUUUUGGUUCAAAGAAGUUUGGCCGUGGUUGUUGCUUUAAGGACUCUUACGAUUCCCAUGGGCCGCGCUGCUUUAACUUAUGGAGGAAGAGAGCCGAUUCUUACUGAACGUUUUCCGGUUGCCAAGUUCAACUUAAAUUCAUUGAUUUAUCCUAUGAUGACAAAUAUUGUACAUUCUGAAGAUAGUAUUGCCGCUGAAUUGAAUGAAUGGGGCCAUUUUCAUAAUGGUGUCUCAUCGGGAUUGAGUAUUUCUAGAGAAGCUAAAGGGAUAUCUGGUAGUUGGAUUGCCUUUAACAAACCACCUGGAGAGUUGAAUGCUCAGCAUGCCGGGUUUUUGUUUGGUUUAGGUUUAAAUGGUCACCUUAAGAAACUUGAAGAGUGGCAUAUUUACAACUACCUUCGCCCAAAAGAUCCAUUAACCAGUGCCGGUCUAUUAAUGGGUAUGGCAGCAAGUUUACGUGGAACUAUGGACAAUAAAUUGACCAAAGUCCUCUCAGUGCAUGCUGUUGCGUUGUUACCGCGUGGAGCCAAGGACUUGAAUGUUCCCACCAUGGUUCAGACUGCAGGGUUCAUGGGGAUAGGGUUAUUGUAUCUUGAAACCCAACAUCGACGUAUGAGUGAAGUAUUAUUGUCACAAAUAACUGGUACCGUGCAACAAAGAGAUGUCGCCGAAGUUCAUGAGGGCUAUAGAUUAGCUUCCGGGUUGGCACUUGGUUUGGUAAAUUUGGGUAAAGGUGAUGAUUUGCGCGGGUUGAAUGAUACGCAUGUGGUUGAUAGAUUAAUGGCUCUUGCGUUAUCUUUAAACAACACCCAUGCAGUGCAAGAAGUUAACAAAUCGUGCUGUGGAGCUAUCAUGGCAUUGUGCCUAAUAUACCUAAAAACGGAGAAUGCAAAUGUUGCAAACAAAUUAAAAAUUCCCGAAUCACAACCGAUGUUGGAAUUCAUUCGACCAGACUUGUUAUUUUUGAGAUGCCUCACCGUGAGCUUGAUUAUGUGGAGCACGAUUGAGCCAAGUCGAGCUUGGGUAGAACAACAGUUUCCUCAAGUAGUUAUUAGUGAGUUUAAAAGAUUGGAUGGCUUUAGAGGUGGAGCCAUGGACAGUGAUUUGGUGACAUAUCUCAAUAUUAUGGGUGGUGCGUGUUUAUCGAUAGCACUCAAGUUUGCAUCUUCGCAAAAUUCUAGAGCCAAAAGUACAAUCUUGUAUUAUCUUGAUGAAGUAAUGAGAUUGACCAGUAAGCCCGCCAUCAAUUAUGACCAAAAGCUAACUUACAAUACAGCUAUUACUAUUCAGAAUGUGUUGGCAUUGUGUGCAUCAGUUAUUAUGUCUGCGAGCGGUGAUCUUGAAGUUUUCCAAAGACUUCGUGUAUUGUAUAAUGACACCAGUAAAAAAAUGGGGUUUGGCGGCUACAUGGCUAUAAACACGGCACUUGGGUUUUUAUUUCUUGGUGGUGGGCAAAUGGCUUUUAAUGUCAAUUCCUUAUUUGGUAUUGCAAGUUUAGUUAUCAGCUUGUACCCAAUAUACCCAAAGGAGAAUAGCGAGUAUGAUGUGCAUUUACAGGCUAUGCGACAUUUUUGGGCUCUUGCGAUUGAGCAACGAUGCUUGGUUGUUAAGGAUGAAAAAAGUAGAGAACCAUGCAAGAUUCCUGUUUUAAUUUUUAUGCGAAAUGGUAAAGUGAUUCAACGUGUUACACCUUGUCUUUUACCGAAUCUUAAAGAGAUCAGUAAAAUUGAAACUCAGUCGCCUGAGCAUUUUCAAGUGGAGAUCGACUGUACGUUGAGGUCUCAAAUGUUGGAGAAUUUUGAAAAGACAAUGACGCUUUAUGUAUUGAAAAAACAAAAUUACUCUAUUCUUGAGCCAAAUUUGGCCUCCUUGUUGAAAAGAUCCAAUGAAAAUGAGAUGAAUGAAGAUCAGAUACAGACACUGUUGAACAAUUUAUUGAAAAGUAAAGUGUUUGAUGGUAUGAUGGAUCUACGGACAAAUAAAUUGGCGUGGGAGAAUGCAAUGGAUGCCAAAUCAUUGGACUUUAAAGAGACAAACUUGUCAGUGUUUAACAUCAUAGAAGAUCGCCUUAGAAUUAUCAAUUUUGCUCGAUUGGCGACUUCAAUAGAAGAUAUUUGGAAUUUGAGAUUGAUUCUUGAAUUUGUCGACAAGAAACAAAGUACGGAGUUGCAUUAUAUCCCGCUAGAGUUUAUUCAGGAGUUGAAACACAUCCUUAAUGCCAAUAUUGCAACACUCGAGCGAUAA